AAAAACUCUUUAUUUAAAUGCGUUCCUUGGCCGUCACUCAGCUACUUCCCCAGUCUCCACACUCGCUCGCUCUUUCAUCUUCUCUCAAGUUCCUUCCGAGCAAUCCUUCCUUCAUCGUCGCGUUUAGAUAAUCGCUGAAAAUGGAAGAGGAAGCAGGAAACGGAGGAUCUCGGAAACGCAUGAAGCCUUCUGAUGAAGAGGAAAAAGGAGAUUCGAUUAAUAGAAUGGGGCUGGAUGCAGUUGAGAAUGAAGAAACUGAGACGAAACUUGUUGCUUCUGAUGAGAUGGAGCUUAACAUUGCUCAGAUUCUCGAUAAGAUUGAGAGCUUCACUCAGACUGUUUCUAAUCUGCUAGACACAGGGAAGACAAUGUUCAAGGAGCUCAGUAACGAAUUCGAGGAACGCAUGAUCAUGAUACACAAGGAGUAUGUUGAGAAAUGGCAGGAGGAGAUCAAGGAAUUGCGUUUGCUUGAUGCAUCGAACGAGGAGACUACUUCCCUCUUACACAACGCUCGCUUCCUGAUUCAGAAUCCUAACAUUGAGCCUUGAGGUAUUAUGUGACAAAUAUUUCACUGAAAAAUUUACUUAGAAGUGUGGAGGAUCUGACCAUAAAACAGGAUAUGGUGAACAAAUGAACAAUGUUCGAAUUAUUAUCAUGAUUUAUCAAAUCCCGAAUCAAAUAUACGUUAUAUAAUGGUUUAUUAGAGCAUAUUUAAAAUGAUUAAAGGCUGUAUCAUUGGUGGAUAUUUUUGUUCACAUGUUUUGUCGGUUCUACUUUACUUGUUUAAGAUAAACGAUGAUAUAACAAGAAAACGGUGGUUGUUCGACAAAAAAAAAUUUAUAUUCCGACGAAAAGAUAGGAAGGUGUUAAUACUUUAACUUUUACCCCACACAAAAGACGAAUAAAAACUUUCAACCAUUUCGCUUAUUAGCCUUUUUAGCUCAAGUAGAGGAGGACCAAUCGUACUGGGGUGAAGCUAUUAAUAAUUUAAAUCUCAGAUGGCCACAAAUGACCCAUAUCUAGAUAAACUUUAAUUUAUUACAAGUCGUUUCUCUCUGUUAAAUUUCAUUAAAUAUCGUUUCAGUUUAAGGUAAAUAAAAAGUGAUCACAGGAAAUGUUAACAAAAUCGAGAAGUUAAUGAAACGUAAAGAAUCAAACUUAUCAUUAGCUUUUUGAUUCCAUAAACUAAUCAAAUUACCACAACAAGUUUUCUAUAUA